AAGAAGAAACAAAAACAACAACAGCAGUCUGUCGGCUCGGUGACGGUAGUUCGAGGGAAGACACGGAGAGAGCAGGAGAGGCGUCUGGCGACUCGGCGCUCGGUGUCACAAAGUGUCGGCUGUUCGGUCAAACGCUCACGUUGUUGGCUCACAUUUAACGGCAACAUGUCGCUGUUCGGUAAGUUGUUCGGCGGCGGCGGGGGAAAGGGUGGCAAAGCGCCGACACCCCAGGAGGCGAUCCAGAAACUCCGAGAGACAGAGGAGAUGUUGGCCAAAAAACAGGAUUUUUUGGAAAAGAAAAUCGACACGGAGCUCAUGACGGCGAAGAAGAACGGAACGAAGAAUAAACGAGCCGCUCUGCAGGCCUUGAAAAGGAAAAAGCGCUACGAGAAGCAGCUGGCUCAGAUCGACGGGACGUUGUCCACCAUCGAGUUCCAGAGGGAGGCGCUGGAGAACGCCAACACCAACACGGAAGUGCUGAAGAACAUGGGCUACGCCGCCAAGGCCAUGAAGGCCGCCCACGAGAACAUGGACAUAGACAAAGUAGACGAUCUGAUGGCGGACAUCACGGAGCAACAGGAGGUGGCCCAAGAAAUCUCCGACGUCAUUUCGAGACCGAUCGGUUUCGGAGACGAGUUUGACGAGGAUGAGCUUAUGGCUGAGCUGGAGGAGCUGGAACAGGAAGAGCUGGACAAAAACCUUCUGGAGAUCCAGGGAACGCAGGACGUUCCUCUGCCCAGCGUACCGUCCACAUCACUACCGUCGAGACCAGCCAAGAAGAAGGAGGAAGACGAGGACGACAUGGCCGACCUGGAGGCCUGGGCAGCUAUCUAAGCUAGCUCGCCCUGCUAGCCAGCCGGUGUCCCCCCCUCCCGUCUGUCUCUUUUCAACCGGGCUGCUCGUGCACAUCGGGAACUGAUACGGGGACUCUGGGCUUCUAGCAUGCUGCUCCCUCUUAGAGUACAAACACGGCCAAACCCCUGAAGUAUGCACUUGUGUGAAAACAUCCACUGACUUAAGAACCAACCCGGGGCUCUUCUCCUCCGAUCAGCGUCACGGUACAAAUGUCUUUCUGCUCCGUGCCCGCGUCUAAAGGGCACGAAGCACAGAGACUAAAGGUCGCGCCCCAACAGCCUGUGGCUGGGUACACGGGAGAAGAGGCCAUUGAUGCAAGCGCAUACUUCUAGGGGAGGGGGUGCGGAGGAGCAGGACGAGGCUAUUUUCUGGGAGGAGUGUGAAGAAUAAACAGAUGUAUAUUGGGGGGGUGGGGGGAGGCGGGGAAGGGGGUGAAGCAAAAACAGAAAGAAGGCAUAAUUUAGCCAUUGUUUUCUCUGCUUCCUGCGCUGUCAUCGUUUGGCUCUUCUACGAGGAUCGUCUACGCUGCGCCACCAAGAGACGAAUAAUGAACUGUUGGACUUUCUCAUUGGAAAACCGCUGUGACGGGAGGAUCCGGGGGUCCGAUCCCUGCCGUCUCAGUCGGACCCCUCAGCUCUCUGCAUCUUUUCAGUCAGCUUUCUAAAAUGUCAUGUGAGCGAGGUGUUGUCCACGGGAGGAGCCUUUUCCGUGUUAAAUGCACAAUUAGUUGAGGUUGACGUUGAGGUGAUCUUUUUUUUUUUUCCCCGCGCAGCUGCGUACAACCUUUUUGCGUCGUUUCUGAUUGGCUGCUCGUCAUGUGGCACAUGCUCGCUGCGCGUUUACAGAGAAUGACGCCCAGAAACGCCUCAAAAAGGUAAAAAACGAGAAGCAGGGGGCGGAGUCUCCGGAUCCGGACUCCGCCCCCUGCUUCUUGUGCGUCGUGAGCUGCGAUGAGGAAUCCUACUCGUUUCGCCUUAAGCCGAAGCCGUCAGGUCUCUGCUCGUACUUGAAACAGGCUUUGCAGCUUUAUUUCUUGGAACUUUGAGCCGACGUGAUGCCGCGAGCGUUGAAUAAUUACCAAACAGCCCGAUACGACAACCUUUGUUCUGGAGACCGUUUGGAAAUGUAGCUCUUAGCUAGCAGGCUCUUUUCAAGUGUUUAUGCUAACCAGCUGAUGGUAGUUUGACCCGAGGGACGUGGCUACACUCCACUCACAAUGCUGGAGUUACAAAAAGAUUCGUCUCGCGUUUGUUUUAUUUUUUACCAACAUGUAAUUGGAAAAAAUUAUAAUUGAUAGUGUUAUCUUUCUUUUUUUCUCUGAGCUUGGUACUGACAUUGCAAAACAAAUUAAUAUUUUCUUUUCUUUGUUAAAGACUAAAAUAUCUUUUGCCUUUGCCACCAAAUAACAUUUUUUUUUUAAAACAAAUCAAAAAAUAAUGCAUCUUAUCUUCUAUCCUACUUUGUACCUUUUAGCUCAGGAAUUUUAGACCUGUUUGUUUUUGUGGCUUUUCAGAACAAGUUGUGAACUUCCUGUACGGCUGUCCAAAUUACAUCACGUGUUCCUGGGUUAAAAAAUUGCUCGUGCCUGACACCUCCAGCGCCUUGUCCCCCGACGCGCUCUGAGAAAAUCCUACCUUGGUUAAAUUGUGUGUGACUGUGUGUGUGACUGUUUGUGCGCGCGGUGCGUUUUUUCCCGCCUUUAGACACAACGACCUCUUGUGAAUAAUCAGUGAAAAUGAGACGGUGAGCUGGAUUUCUUUUUCUUCGGUUUGCUCUCCACUCGCCUGCUGUGUGAAGGCCGACUUCGGUCACGAGCGUCUUCGUGGUCUUCUGCUCUUCCUGUCCUCAGUCCCCCCUCCUCCCCCCUCCGGUCCGGACUCGGGCGAGCGGGGCUGGGACUGUAAAUCUCUAAAUAAAAGAAUGAAAUCAUG